AUGUAUGAAUUGAAAGAACCAUUGCAGCAGAUGUUUGUUUCAACAGAAUGGGGGAGGUGUAAUUGGGCAAAGAAAGCUGAUGGAAAAGAGAUAAAGAAAAUAAUCAUGGACGAGAGAAGUUUUUGGCCUAGUGUGGUUUAUUCUCUCAAAACUACAAAGCCACUUGUCGAAGUGUUGAGGAUUGUUGAUGGUGAGCAAUCACCAGCUAUGGCUUUUAUUUACGGUGCGAUGGAUGAGUGCAAAGAAAAAAUUGCUAAGAACUUUGAUAAUGAAGUCUCUUCUUAUAAAGAGAUUUGGGAUAUCAUUGAUGAAAAAUGGGAACAUCAAAUGCAUAGGGAUUUGCAUGCAGCUGCCUACUACUUGAAUCCUCAAUUUAGAUGGAGUCCUAAUGUUUCCCAGCAUCCGGAAAUUAAGAGAGGAUUGUACAAUUGCAUGGACAGAUUAAUCAAGAGUAAUGAUAUUUAUAUGAAGAUCGAAGCUCAACUUGAUGACUACAAAUACAAAAAUGGAAUGUUUGGAUGUAGAGCUUCUUUGAAUUCAUAUAUGAAGCGUAUUCCUGUCACAUGGUGGGGCCAUUAUGGAGAUGAAGUUCCAGAACUACAGGCCUUUGCGAUGAAGAUAUUGGGUCUUACUUGUUCGGCUUCGGCGUGUGAACGAAACUGGAGUACGUUUAAUCAAGUUCAUACAAAAAGAAGAAACCGAUUGAGCACUAAUAGGAUGAAUAGCUUGGUGUACAUCAUGUACAAUAAGAAACUGAAGCAAAAGUUUAUCAGGAAGACUAAGCUAAAAGAGUCUGAUGACCCAUUAGUUGUUGAUGAGGUGUUAUCUGAUAACGAGUGGAUAGCCAACCCAAGUGAUGAAUAUGAUGAAGCAUGUGAGGAGGAUGAAAUUGAUGUAGUUUGUAGGGCCAUUGGGGAGAGAGGUGAAAGUUCAUCUAGGAAGCGGAAAAAUGUUGAAGUGAAUUUGGUGGAUGAAGAUGAUGAUGGACUAAAUUCGGUUGAUGAAGAUGACAUCUAUCGUGAGAACGAUGCGCCAGAAAAUGAUUGCUUUAAUAAUGUUUGA